GUUCAGUCAUGGCGGCCGAGGAGACCACUGUGAGCUCGGAGGGGAUUGUGGGUCUGGAUGAGCCCAAGAAGAUGACCCGGGAGGACUGGAGGAAGAAGAAGGAGCUGGAGGAGCAGAGGAAGCUGGGAAACGCUCCGGCUGAGGUGGACGAGGAGGGAAAGGACAUUAACCCUCAUAUCCCGCAGUACAUCUCAUCAGUGCCGUGGUACAUCGACCCUUCCAAAAGGCCUACGUUAAAGCAUCAGAGACCACAGAGUGAAAUUCAGCAACAGUAUUCAUCCAUCGGAGAGUGGUACAAGAGAGGAGUGCAAGAGAAUAAUGUCACCACUAAAUUUCGCAAGGGAGCUUGUGAAAACUGCGGCGCGAUGACGCACAAAAAGAAAGACUGCUUGGAGCGUCCGAGAAAAGUUGGGGCGAAGUUCACGGGCACAAGCAUAGCUCCGGAUGAACAUUCUCAGUUACAGCUUGACCUGGACUACGAUGGGAAGCGGGACCGCUGGAACGGGUAUGACCCUGAGGAGCACCAGCGCAUCGUGGAAGAGUACGCCAAAGUAGAUCUGGCUAAAAGGACUCUGAAGGCACAGAAGCUUCAGGACGAGUUGGCCUCUGGAAAACUGGACCCGACUGAGCGGGAACACAACAGUGAAGACGAGGACGAAGACAAAUAUGCAGACGACAUCGACAUGCCUGGUCAGAACUUCGACUCCAAGAGACGAAUCACAGUCAGGAAUCUGCGUAUCAGAGAAGACACCGCUAAAUACUUGAGGAAUUUAGAUCCAAACUCGGCAUACUACGAUCCAAAGACUCGAGCUAUGAGAGAGAACCCGUACUCCAACACUGGCAUGAACCCCGAUGAGGUUGGAUAUGCUGGAGACAACUUUGCCCGCUAUUCUGGGGCCACAAUCAACAUGGCUCAAACCCAGUUGUUUGCCUGGGAGGCCUAUGAGAGAGGCUCUGAGGUGCAUCUGCAGGCCGAUCCCACCAAGCUGGAGCUGCUCCACAAAUCCUUCAAAGUGAAGAAAGAGGACUUCAAAGAGAAACAGAGGGACGGCAUCCUGGAGAGGUACGGCGGUGAAGAGCACUUGGAUGCACCACCUCGGGAGCUGCUCCUGGCCCAGACGGAGGACUAUGUGGAGUACUCUCGUCAUGGUGCCGUGCUGAAGGGACUCGAGAAGGCCGUGGCGCGCUCCAAGUAUGAGGAGGAUGUACUCAUCAACAACCAUACAUGUAUUUGGGGCUCCUACUGGAAGGAUGGCUUCUGGGGAUUCAAGUGUUGUCACUCCAUGGUCAAGCAGAGUUACUGCACAGGAGAGAUUGGCGUUGGAAUUAACAACCAGGACUGUGUUCCCUUUGAAGAGGGGCUGAUCGAGCAAGAGGAGGAAGAAGAGCCAAAGUCGCUGCUGGAGAUGCAUCGAGAUAAGAUGAAGGAGAAGAAGAAGAAAAAGAAGAGCAAAAAGAAUAAGAAGCACAACUCUGACAGCAGCGACUCAGAGGAUGAGGAGAAGAAGAAGGAAAAGCUAAAGAAGGCACUAGAAGCUGAGGACAAGUGGGUGAAGCACGUAGACGCCAUAAUGCAGCUGGAUGAGAGGAAGAGGCCGUACAGCAGCCUGCAGGAAGUGAAGGCGCCCACUGAGGAGGAGAUGGAGGCGUUCAGAAUGAAGCGCUGCCGGGCAGAUGAUCCCAUGGCCUCAUUCCUGGGACAGUGACCUCUUGUUAAUGUCUGCUGACUUCCCUGAACUCUCCCAAAGGACUCUACCAGAGCAGCUGCUCGGUGAAAAGCAGUCACAUUAAACUCAACGGUCAUCAUGUGAAUGAACAGCCGGAGCUUUCUGUUUUGUUACAGAUGUGACAGAAACUUUGUACAGUGUUUUAAUGAUCUCAUUUUGCAACAUAUUUUGUUAGCGAUGCUCAAAGAUGGAUGAUAAUAGUUAUUUGUCAAACAUAAAUGCUUUUGCUGAUAUGAAUGCAUCAUUUUUUAAUAAACUUAAAUCUGAAUA